AUGGAGAACCUGUACAAUUUUCACUUUUCAUCUAGUUACUCAGAGCAGCCAUCCAUGGCUCCUCCACCUUCACAGCCUCCACCGGCACUGAACGCAAUUUCAUCCAUUAGGACAUUCGUUCAGUCCAGUUCUUCUUCAUCGGAUGAUUCUAUAAAAGCACUUCAAACUAAAGUUGCUUCUCAUCCUCUUUUUCCUCAGCUCCUCCAAGCCCACAUCGAUUGCCACAAGGUGGGAGCGCCGCCAGAGAUGGCGCAAGUUUUUGAUGGAAUGAGAGGAGAGAACAGUGGUGUAUGUCACAUAUCUGGCUUCUCAGGUGCUGAUCCCGAUCUGGACCUUUUCAUGGAAAUGUACUGUGAUUUAUUGGUGAAGUACAAAUGGGAUCUUUCAAGGCCCUAUGACGAGGCAACUGCGUUCCUCAACCACAUGGAAACUCAACUUCACUCUAUUUGCCACCCUGCUGCCACAAACAACACUCCUCAAACUGAUGAAGUUGGUGGAUCAUCUGAAAAGGAUUUUAGUACAGUGGAGAAAGAGGCAACUGUGGAAGGGAGGAGAAAUGAAGUUCAAGAGUUCAAGGAUGGUCUUCUACAUAGAUAUAGCGGCUACAUUACUAAUCUGAAGCACGAAUUCUCCAAAAAGAAGAAGAAAGAAAAACUACCAAAACAAGCAAAGCAAAUCUUACUUGCAUGGUGGAAUGUUCACUUUAAAUGGCCAUACCCCACGGAUGCGGACAAGGUUGCCCUAGCUGAAUGGACUGGUCUGGACCAGAAGCAAGUAAAUAAUUGGUUUGUAAACCAAAGAAAACGCCAUUGGAAAUCUACGGAGGAAAUGCAAGCUAUCAUUUUGAAUGGUCUCUAUGGACCUCCACAUCAGUGA